AUUAAAAUCAUCACUUGACAUUAUCAGUUAAAAUUGUGAAUGUUCAUAAACAUAAAUUAAAUUCCAAAAAUGGGUGCUUUAGUCUCGAAAGAUACUAAAUUUAAAAAUCUUUUCCCAUUCUUAAAGAAAAGAAUUUUGCAAAGAACUGUAAACUUUCAAGGAUAUCAAACUACAUUAUUGGAGCUAGUUAAAGAUGAAAAGGACAUAAUGAAUGAUCUAACAAGUGGAGAAAUCAAAUUACUUUUGGAAAAUAAGGAAGUACUAAGGAUCAACACAGGCCACAAUUUAAGACAUGAAUUUAGUCUUAUUGAGAGAAAGUUUGUGUACGAGGAUCUUGAAAAUGGCUCAAAUCAUUUCAUUUGUGAAGAAGAAAAAAUGUCAUUCAAAAACAUCAACGGUUCAAAACUUAUUGUUCUGUCGGAUCUUGCAAGCACUGGCAAAUCAAUUGCAUUUAGACAUUUUGCAGCAAGAUUAAAGGAUCGUAGACGAAAUUACUGGGUUUCAUACAUUGAAUUGCGACGAUACAGGAACCUUUUUGAAUUAUAUGCCAAUAAGGAUGUAACUGAUCAAGAUGCAAGCGACAUUUUAUUAAUUUGCAUGGGAGUUAAGACAGAUUUUGAGUAUAAACUUCUCAAAAAAUCCCUUUUAAAUGGACAAGCAAUUAUAUUUUUUGAUGGCAUCGACGAAGCUAUUCCAAGCUUUACAAAAAUAUUGAAGAAAAUUUUUGAAAUUUUGUCAAAGAGUUAUUACUCAAGAACUCAGCUGUGGAUAUCAACCAGACCACAUAUGUCAUCAUCUUUUCAGCAGAUUUUAGAGAGUCAGGAAUCAUUCAAAUUCGCACCAUUUACAAGAAAACAUGUUGAUGUUUAUAAGUUUGCGCCAAUGACAGAUCAAGAGAAAUGCAGCAUAAUUAAUAAUAUGAUAAACUUUCAAGGCAUCAAUGAACCAGGUCAACAGAAGAAAAUCAGAGUUGAAGUGCUUGAAUAUUUAAAAGAGUUAAAAUCAGAUGAUUCUUGUCGUAGUGAUAUCAAUAACUUAUACAUGAUCCAGUCAAUUGUAGACUAUUGCACAUAUCAUAGAAGAAAGCUCAAUAUAGAAAGUCAUUAUGAUGUUUUUGCAACUAUAGUUGAAGAUCAGCUGGAUUUAGCAAAAAUUCAUCCAAAGGAACGAGUAAAUGACACGAUUUUAAAUAUUUGGGAAGUUCAUCGAGCUCUAGCUUUGUUGACAUCAUUUCCGAGUAUGUCAAUGAAUUCAUUGACUAUUGUAAAAGACUGGAAUGAAGAUAAAAUGAAAUGGACAUCAGACUAUAUUCAACGUUAUGGAUUCAUAUAUGGAAAUUUAAAUAGCACCGUCAAGUUUGUGCAUAAAAGCUAUGCUGACUUUUUUGUCGCACAAUUCAUCAUUAGCUUCCUGUAUGGCGAUAAUAAUAAUAUGAGCAUUAUUGAAGUCAAAUCCAUAGUCAGCUUGUUCAUCAGAAUCAUGUGCGGCCAUAGAUCUGACAAAGUUUGCUGUAACUUCUUAAUCAGUUACUUCAAGACACUUGGUAAGAGUAAAAUUGUUUCAAAUGUCGUAAAGUCAGCCAUUUACGAUAAUUUGCGUCAUAUUCAUGAUCCAAACAACAUCAAUAGAUUCUCAAAGAACAUUCUUAAGAAUUUUGCAAUUUUUAUGUCCACCAAUGUCGAUAUGAAGAUCAAAUUUUUCAAGCUUAGAGAUAAAAUCACUCUUCUCGAUGAAUACGUGUUAAAAGGUUGGAUGGAGUCACAUUCAUCAAUCUUUAUCGAGGCAGUAACAGCUUCACUUGGUCCAAAUUGGCAUCAAUUAUUUAACAGAUCACCGAUAAAAUUGAUAACAAAUGAGACAAUUGAAAAGUAUGAAAUCAGGUACAAUGACUAUGAUAUGAUCAAAAUUUGUGACUUAUACUACAGAAGUCUCAACAUAGAAGCUAAGAAUAGAUUCUUGAAUAAUUUUUAUCGAGUGCCAUGCUACAGUGGAUACAUCCAAGUCGAUAUAAUUGAUAGAAUGAUGAAUUCCAAUCCGGGAAGAUUUGUCGAAGAAUGCUUUAUAAAAAUUUGUUAUGAUCACAUCACUCCGCAAGCUAUAGCUCUCGUUUUUGAAGGCGUUUCACAAUUAUGUUCGAUUGAUAGAGUUCGAGAAAUUUUAUUUCAUGACUUUCCCGAAUGGACACCACCGUUGCUUCAAUCAUCGCGUGUAAGCAAUCCAGAAGUUUUCGAACAAACGAGAAAGUUUUAUAUCCGAUAUGCAUACACAUGGGUAGAAAUUCAAAAUUUGUUUCUAUUUCGACACGUACAUAACUUAUUUGCUCCAUGCACAACUCCUGUUUUUAAGCUUUAUAAAGAGUUUUUAGAAAUGGUUUUUGCAAAUAACAAGUGGCAAUUGAAAAAUAAAAUAUUAUCACUUGUUAUUAAUAAAAACAAUAAUAAGCUCGAUAAAAGCCUCAAGUGUGCGAAUACAAGGAAUUUGUUUAAUUGGAUGAUGUCUAGUGAAGGAGAAGCAGUCGACAAUAUUUAUGAGAAAAUAUUUGAAAAAGAUUAAAGUUCUGUUCAUAAAUCUAGAUAUUUGAAAGUUUCUUUUGAAUCUAAGAUUGUAACAAAACUAAGAUGUUGUAUUAGAAAAGUAC